AGGAGUGACUUUGGACAUCGUGACAGCGCUGACGUUUUUGGGGCUCUAUCAGGAGGUGGCUUCAAGUACUCAAAAUGCAACUGGGAAUAGUCGUGUUCACGUUAUUCCUUGGUCUUUGCUAUGCAGAAGAUAUCAACUACGUACAAGUAAAUGCAACGGAGUGUCCUGACAACAAUCGCAAAUACGCAUACCUCGGUAUUGAGAAUUGUUCGUCGGAACCCUGCCAAUUUUUUUUGGGAAGCAAGAUAAGAGUGAAGUUCAUGUCCGUGAAUUACGCAAAUUUUCGUGUGGGCGUUGGAAUAUAUGCCUACUUCAACACGACAAAUAAGAACGUAACAACUAGGUGGAUAAUCCGCACAGAUUGCAAAACCCCAGGAACAAAUCACAUAUGCUGGGCAAAUCGACAUGAGACAGUUAAAGGCACAGUGGACAUCAAUCUCCCCUAUGACAAAGAUUUCAUGGGCAAAGGACCAAUGCGCCUCGACAACUUCAACCUUGGCUGUGGCAUAAUACCUGUAUGGAUACGGGACCCAUGCAGCAAGCGGCAUGACCAAGGCAAAGCAUACUGCCCCACAACCCAAGAGGGGAAAAUCUAAAAUAAAUGGCGAUCGCAAUGCAAUAAACGCCGCAAUCACUGCAGGA